GAGAGGAAUUGCAAUCCUGUGAAUAUCAGUGAAGAUGUUAUGUUGAGAGUCUCAAUGAGGGAAGAUGCAAAGUCUGUACUUUACAAGUGGUAUUUAGACCACUCCUUCAAAAAGAAGUCUAAUCUGCUGCCUCCAGGAUGCAAUUUAAAUGGUUUCCCACAAAGCUCACUCAGUUUUCUUCAAAAUGAUACUGAAGUUCUUGUCCUGAACAGCUCGUUUUUGCAAUCGCAUGGCAAAGCCUUUCAAAUAAAAGCAACAGCUGUGAGUGAGAACAAAUACGGAGAAGAAACCUACAUUGUCAGCUCGGUGCCUCCUCCGGUAGCUCCAGAAUGUUCUGUGUCUCCUCCACAAGGAUCCGUGUUCAACAGCUUCUCCAUCUCCUGCCAAUCUUCCUGCCUAUUGGGCCAGUGCCCUCCAAUUGAGAGCUCUUCAUUCAUGUAUUGCUUCUACCUGGAAUCAAAUUCCCUCCUUCACUGUGGACAAGAUCCAGCCCUACCCUUGGUCUACCUUCCAUUGGGAGAAGAAGACAAUGACUUUGUUCUACAGAUUAAAAUUUCAGUGGCCAAUAAUUAUGGCCAUGCUGUUUAUUCAAAUGCCACCGUCAGGGUACAACCUGAAGAUAUAAACAGCGGGAACCAAACUUUGCAGGCCAUGGUUCUGGAAAAAUCAAACAGCAUCCUAAAAGGAGAAAAUAACAGCAUGUCCCUCUUUCAGCUGUAUAAAUCAGUUACUUCUGUUCUUAAUCAAGGAAGGAAAGAAGCCACCUUUAAUGCAUCUCUGCAGACAGAUACGCGGAAAGAGCUUAGAGAGCUUAUGCUGACAACCCUUUCCGUGGUUAAUGUCACAUCAAUGCAGAUAGCCCUCAAAAUGUCAGAAGUCCUCAUGGAAAUCACGUACAGGAGCAAAGAACUGUCUUCUUCUGCACAGGAUGACAAGGGGGAAAAUAGGAUAUACAUUUUACCCAGCCGCCAUGCCAGUGUCUUUGCCACAGUUAUCUUGGGUUGGCCUGAGACUGACAGCAACAAUUCACUCUACACUUGGUCUUGUGGGUUCUGCUGGCCUCAGUGGGAUGAAUGUGUUCAGCAACAAUCUAUCCACACUGUGCAAAGAGAGAUCCGGAUUCCCCCCAACUGCCUGCCUCCUCCCAGCUCAGCAGUGACAGUGAAGGUUGUGGUGAAAAGCCCAGAGAAAGAGGAGAAGCAGGACGAGCAAUGCUUGUACAUCACAGCGAAGCAAGAUCUGAGGCUGAGGAUCAGCCGUGUCUGUUCGUUGGGAUUAUCUGCAUUGCUUCAUUUGAACUAUCUGGGUUGCUGCCAAGAUAUUCUAUUGAAUGUGGAAGCUGGUCAUACUCUGAAGAGUGUUAGUGAAUCCUUACUGGUGGUGGACACAGAAGAUGGAGAUCAUCUAAAGCGCAAGGAAGCUGCCAGCUACCUUUUCAGUGCAGUAAGCAAUGUCUUGGAAGCUACUCUGGAGAAUGGAACAGAAAAAGUCUCUGUCCCUGAGGUGGCACAGAAUUCAGUCUCGCAAGAACUUGUAACCACAGUUGAAAACCUUCAGAGUGCUCUUCUUUUUGGAAAAUUGCCUGACAGUGAGCCUUUGGUGCUAAAAGCUCCUUCUGCAGCUAUGUAUAUCAACAGGUUGCAGACCGAGAAUGUCAACAGCACGGCCAUUAAAAUCUCCAACUCCACAUCCGCUGCUUUCACGCUCCCCUCUGCUUCUUCUCUCAGCAUCUCGGGAGACAGCGAUGAGACGGUGGACAUCAGGAUGGUGAGUUUCUCGGUGAAUCCCUUUUCCUCAAGUGACUCAUUUGAUAUCCAUGGAACAGUUGGAGGCCUGACUCUCACCAGCCUAGAUGGACUGGUCAUUCCAGUCUAUGACCUGUCAGAAGAUAUUGAGAUAAGGUUACCCAGGAGUCCUGCAACUCAAGAGGACAAGACUAUAUUGAAUCUGGGAAAUUUCACAGCUGUCCAAGUCAAUGUGACUUCAGCAGACUCAUCUCUAGUGAUCUACCUGGAGAUGGAUCAAAAUAUUCCACUUAUCCUUUAUUUGGGAUAUGACUACCUUCCUAACGAGACUGAUCAUGAACUGGUGGCACAUCUUCCUCACAACAGAAAUACCAGAGAUGAGGUUUAUUCCUGGGUGCUUCAUUCAGAAGAUUUGAUCUUUGGAGAAGGAAUGUAUUAUUUUGUAGUGAGACCAGACACAGAACUGGACUUCCUUGCUUCUAAUGAAAUGAACAUCUCCAUCACUUGCUUUGUGUCCAAGUGUGUAUUCUGGGAUGAGCACCAAAAGAGUUGGAAUAGCUACGGAUGCCGCGUUGGUCCCAAAACUACUCCUGGGGAUACUCAGUGUCUCUGUAACCACCUGACCUUCUUUGCUAGCUCCUUCUUUGUCAUGCCAAACACCAUCGAUGUCAGCAAAACUGUGGAGCUGUUUGCCACUUUUGUGGACAACCCCAUCGUGGUGACGACGGUAGGCUGCAUCUUCCUGAUCUACCUUCUGGUUCUGAUCUGGGCCAGAAGAAAAGACAUCCAACAUGAUGCCAAAGUGAAGAUAACUCUCCUGGAAGACAAUGAUCCUUUUGCUCAAUAUCGUUAUCUAGUGACGGUUUAUACCGGACAUCGGCGAGGUGCAGCUACGACCUCUAAGGUAGCAAUGGAGUGCCAAAUCUUUGGCUUAAAAGAGCCACAGCACUUAUUUUAUCCGGAGUCUAAAUAUGCACUAAAGAGAAUGUUCUCUUAAAUCACCAAGCCAUACACUGGUAGAAGACAGGAGUGGUAUGUGAAUCGUCUUCUCAUCCAUGAUGUGGCCACUGAUCAGAAGUGGUAUUUUCUUUGUAACUCUUGGCUGGCCAUUGACGUUGGAGAUUGCGUCCUAGAUAAAGUCUUCCCUGUGGCCACUGAACAAGACAUGAAGCAGUUCAGCAAUCUCUUUUUCAUGAAGACCUCUAGGGGCUUCCGGGACAGCCAUAUCUGGUACUCCAUUUUCAACCCUUGUCCACGCAGCUCUUUUACCCGAGCCCAGAGAGCGUCCUGUUGCUUCUCGCUUCUUCUGUGCACCAUGUUGACCAGCAUCAUGUUUUGGGGGGUGCCCAAGGAUCCAGCAGACCAAAAAAUGGAUUUAGAAAAGAGAAGGACUCCAACCCCAGAGAGAGGGAUGGGGGAAAGGUUGAAGCAUCAGGAUUACAAGCGUUGCCUCCAUGCCCAGCUGCAGCAUGUGGAGCUUGAGCUGGAGCUGCUGGGGCCUCAUCGCUUCCAGGAUCCAAAGAGCUACACCCAGGCAGUUCGACAGGUCCAGCACAUGAAAUGCUUUUUGGAAAGCCAGCUCUGCUCGGCGAUGCCGGAGAGCGAAAGGAGUUCACCAACUCCAAGCCCUCCUGGAGAUAACAAGAAAGAAUUGACACCUAAAGGUUUACCUUGGUGGUUCGUGUUUGUUGGCUGGUUCUUGGUGGUCCUGACCAGUGGAGUCUCUGGUUUUUUCACCAUGCUGUAUGGAUUGCAUUAUGGCAAGGAUAACUCCAUCAAGUGGCUGAUUUCCAUGGCCAUCUCUUUCUUUGAGAGCCUCUUCAUUACCCAGCCAUUAAAGGUUCUUGGGUUUGCUGCUUUCUUUGCUCUGGUUCUGAAAAAAGUGGAACAGGAAGACGAGGAGAACACAUGUAUUGAUGGUCCUUUACUGGGCAGUGAUCCAACUCCUAUCUUUGGAGCGCGCAGAGAUAGUGGAAAUAACAUCUACCAGCCUCCUCCUGCUACUGACAUUGAGAAAAUGAAGAUGGACCACGUCAAGGAGCAGAAAGCCUUUGCACUGAUUCGGGAAAUAUUGGCCUACUUGGGAUUCUUAUGGAUGUUGCUCUUGGUUGCCUACGGACAGCGUGACCCAAACUCCUACUAUCUUAACACGCAUAUUGAGAACAGUUUCACAGAAGGAUUUGAAGAGGUUUUAAGUUAUCAGGACUUCUUCAAGUGGGGAAGAUCCGUCUUAAUCAGCAACUUAUAUGGGCCGUAUGAAGGUUUCAUCACAGAUGGCAACUCCAAACUGGUGGGGAGUGCUCGGAUCCGGCAAGUGAGGGUCAAGGGCAACUCCUGCCUCAUUGAUCCGAGCUUAGAUCGCACGGUCAGAGAGUGUCACGCCGCCUAUUCCUUUGACACUGAGGACAUGGAAGAUUAUGGCAUCAACUGGAACGGCUCUUCCUCGGACAACUCUUCAGAGUUCCAGUCGGCUUGGCAAUACCAGAGCCAGGCAAGGCUGAGAGGACACCCCAUCUGGGGCAAGCUGGCUGUUUACAGAGGUGGAGGCUACAUUGUUCACCUGGGGAUGGAUUCCGCCAAUGCCUCCAGGUUUGUGAGCUUCAAUCAAACUGCUACGGUGGAUGCAGUGUUGGGCUACCUGAUUGCGUUCCUGGUGCUCCUUUCCACCGUGAAACUUUGGCAUUUGUUGAGACUCAACCCCAAGUUGAACAUGAUCACCUCCACCUUGCGGAGAGCCUGGGGGGACAUAUCAGGAUUUGCCACCGUGAUUAUCAUCAUGUUCCUGGCUUAUUCCAUCGCUACAAAUCUAAUAUAUGGCUGGAAACUGAAUUCAUACAAGACUCUGUUUGAUUCUGCUGAGACUAUGGUCAGCCUUCAGUUAGGAAUCUUCAACUACGAAGAGGUCCUGGAUUACAAUCCUAUUUUGGGGUCCUUCUUAAUCGGUUCCUGUAUAAUCUUUAUGACGUUUGUGGUGUUGAACCUCUUCAUUUCGGUCAUCCUGGUGGCUUUUAGCGAGGAGCAGAAACAUUAUCAGGCUUCGGAAGAAGAAGAGAUAGUGGACCUCAUGCUGAAGAAAAUGUGCAGUUUCCUUGGAAUUAAAUAUAAAAAUGACUGCACUCCAGUUUGUGGCAAGCAGCUGCAAGCAUCUGGGAAUGACAUCUAA